GAACUAUAUUUUAAGGAGGGAGGAAGAACAAUUAUUCGAUUCCUUACCUAUAAAUAGAGCAUAUGAGAGGGGUUUGAAUCCAAAAGAACAAAGAAAGGUGGUCUAGGUCGAGGAAUUGAAGCUUUUUCAGGCACGCCCAGUUCUCCAAAUUUAUAAAGAACAGAUCAAGUAUGGACCCAAGUUUUUUGAUCGGAAGGGCUAUUCUAGCAUUAGCUGGGGAAGCUAUAACUGUCAUUAGAACACUUCUUAAAGAUGGACAACUAAUGCCAUUUGGUGAUAUUGCGAGUCGGAUGAGACGUAUUAGCAGUGAGUUUCAGCAUAUACAGACAUUUUUGAGUAAUGUAGAUGUGCAAAAACAUAAUACCGUCAUGGAACCUUGGCUACAACGAGCAAGGGAGAUCGCGAACAAUUUGGAAGAUGCCAUCGAUGAGUUUUUGUAUCUCACUGCGGUGCCAAAGCGAUCCCAAAUUUCUGAUCUCUUAGCUUACCGCCGAGUCUGGGGUUUUCAUAACAGAAAGACUAUGAUCUUGCAGAGGAUAUCGUCUAAUUUGGAACAAAUAGAAGGCGACCUAGCUCAUCUCGACGCAAUGAAAGAACGAUAUGACAUUAAGAAUUUUUUAUCCAAAAAUGGUGGUUGUUCUGACGAACCAAACACCGGAAGAGUUCGUAUCGAUCCAUCAGACUUGCUUGAGCAUUCCGAGGAUGACAAGACCAUUCACAGAAAAGAGAGAGAGAUUCUGAGAGGGUGGUUAGCAGAUGGAGAACCUAAACGCUCCUUGAUAACAGUUCUAGGAAAGAGAGGCGUCGGCAAGACCACCAUGGUUGGUGAGGUUUAUAGAAGUAAGGCAUUGGCCUCUCGUUUUGAUUGCAAAAUUUGGAUUACUCUUUCAAAGUCUUGUGAAAUGGAAGAAUUACUGACAAGAAUUCUUAAAAAAUUGUCUGCAAAAGAAGAAGAGAUUUAUAAUGCAUUUGAUCUGAUUAAUUUACCAUACAAGGUUAAUAACCUUCUGCAAGAGACACGUUACUUGCUUAUUAUUGAUGACGUUCUGAAUCUGCAACUAAUUUCGGAUGUUCAAAGAUUGCUUAUAGAUAAUAAGCAAGGAAGCAGGAUAGUUAUUACGACAUGCUUAGUUGACGUGGAUAAAAAAGUAAAUGACGUUAAGCCAAUGAAGCUCAACAAACUGAAUGAUCAGGAAUCAUUUGAGCUUUUCAAGAGACAGACAGGUUUGGCAGAUGAACUUGAUUUUGAUGCUUCUGAGAAUUUGAGGGAAAUCUUAAAUUACUGUCAAGGCCUGCCUGUGGCUAUUGUGGCCGUUGCCAGGCUAUGGAUACUUACAAACAAAGAAACUGCGGAAUUAAAACGUAUUCACUGUAGACUCAAGCAGAAGCCCAAAUCUAGCAAUGCGGAUGAUGUGAACCAAGUCUUGAGUCUUUGUUACGAAUAUCUGCCGGGCAAUUUGAAAAACUGCUUCUUGUAUUGUAGUAUGUUCCAGUUGGAUAACUACAUAAAGGGAAAAAAGAUGAUUCGACUUUGGGUAGCCGAAAACUUCGUCCAAGACGAGGACAAACAAACAAAAGAGGAAGUUGCAGAAGAAAUCUUUAACGAACUCAUCUACCGUUCCCUGCUGCGGGUGGUGGAGAAGAAUAACGAUGGAAGUGUGAGGAGAUGUGAGAUGAGUAAUCUUUUCCUUAAAAUAAGUCUUUCAGCGGCAAGAAAAGAACAAUUUAGCAUGGUGUGGAAUGAAUCAGAAGCACCGAAGUUGAGAGAUGAAGCUCGUAGAUUGUCAGUGCAUGACUUCACCAAAAACAGCGUGUUGUUUAAGAUGGAUUUCUCUCGCACCAGGUCUUUACUUAUAUACAAGCACAAUUCUUCUGCUUUCGAUGAGUUAAUGCGCACCAUAUCAAAAGAAGCAAAAUUUAUGAGGGUAAUAGAUCUAGAAAAUGCAAACAUCGACAGAGUUCCUGAUGGACUGACAGAGCUAUACAACCUGCACUAUUUAGGCUUGAGGAGGACCAGGGUCACACAGCUUCCGGAGACCAUAAAGAAGCUUCAGAAUCUGCAAACGAUUGAUGCCCGUUAUACUCGAAUCGUGAAGCUGCCUAAAGAAAUAACCCUAUUGAAGAAUCUGCUGCACUUGCUUGCUAGCAGACUGGACGACCGGAGCCGUCGAGAGUUUCAUUCCAUUAGACAUGUGAAGGUUCCCAAGGGCCUACAGAAUCUUACGAGACUGCAACACCUUGACCUCGAAGCUGAUGAUGAGUCCGUGUGGCAGCUUCAGAAUCUGACGAACAUCAGAGUGCUCAUCAUAUCCAAGGUGAGAUCAGUCCACUGCUCACAACUGCGCAACUCGAUAUCGCAGAUGCCUUUCCUGUAUAAGUUGUCCAUUGCUGCCUACGACGAGAACGAGGUACUCAAUUUGCGAGAAUUCGGUCUCUUUAUGAAGAAUCUUCGUGUGCUCUAUCUACAAGGCAAGCUGGUGGAAUUAGAAUUGAUCGAUGCUCCCCAAACAUUACUCAAGGAUAACUACGUGCAGCUGUCCCAAACUUUCAUCUCUCUCGGUGACAAUCUACGGGUGUUGCGUUUGAGUUGGAGUCGACUGCAGAGAGAUCCUCUUCCUGCACUUUAUCAACUUCAGAAUUUGACUGUGCUCUAUCUGCAGAAGGCAUAUGACGGCGUGACGCUAACCUUUCGCAACACCUGGUUCCCUAAUCUCAAAGAACUUCAUUUGCUUCAUUUGCCAAACCUCGGAAAGAUAACAAUAUAUCAAGGGUCCUUGAGCAAUUUGCAAUUGUUAUUCAUGGAAGGCCUCUUGCAACUGAUGACGAUCCCAAUAGGUAUCGAAUUCUUGGAGUCCCUCCAGAAGUUGCACUUUUCUGAGUGCAGCCCCUUCUUCCUCAAUGCAAUUACAGAACAGAGAAGCAAGGUAGAGCACAUCUCUGAUAUCUGCUAUGACGACGGCAUUCAUGGAUCAAGGACAUUGGACAUCUUCCCCAGGACUGGUGGCGUGAUACCAGAUCAACAAAAUCUCACAAAGGAAGAGGAAAGAAGUGGCCUUCUCCAUGAUCAAAUUGAAGACGAAAAAUCAAGUCUCAAGGUGGGAGCUGAAGUAUCUCUGAAGAGUUUGAAUGAUGCAGAUAAAAUUGUGGGAAUUGGAGUUGUUCAAACCCUUGAUUCAAAUGCUAGGGUGGGGGGAUAUGAGAUAGGUCCUAAUUGGGCAGGAAUACACCUUGGAACUCCAAUGGAUAACACUGAGCACUUAAUCAGACCUUAUGGUAGCGUCAAGACUCUAGGAGAUGCUAAGGGAUCAUUGAUUGCUUGGCCUUGCUGUUUGCUUUCUAUUCAUCGAAAUCUGAGGGAGGAGGAUUCACCUUGAUUCUAUGUCUCAUCAUAAGAACUUUCAAUAAAUUGGAAGUCAAUCCUUUGUCAUGCGUUCUUAAGAUAUUUGAUUGCCAAACUGUAAACUUUUAAUUUGUUAUCUGUUGAUUGUAAUCUGUCCACAAAUGUUCAAGUUUGUGCUUUUGUUAAAUGUGCAUUUGGCAUUUCACCUU